CCUUCUCCCAUGCCCUCCCUGACACCGCUCAAGACCUUGACGUCGCCAUUCCCGCCCUUCUCUCUUCCUUGCCUAAAGCAUCCAAGAACCGGAGAAUGGCGUGAAAUUGUAUUCCAUUAACCGUUCCACCGCUCCCCCCGGCGGAUAUAUGGCUAUAAAACCCUAGCAACCGCUUCCCUCUCCCCAUGCUCGUGCUCCUCCCCUACCUCUCCAUUCUUGUCAAAAGCCCUAAAAUCUCGACCCUCCCCUUCCUCGCGGCCAGCGCUCGCGCUCGCCUACCUCCUCUAGCCUUCGCCUCGCUCUCUCCAAUGGCGCCGCCGCCCAAGGUGGUCGCGGAGUACGCGAAGUCCGGCCGCUCUUCUUGCAAGAACUGCGGGAAGGCCAUCGCCGCGGGUUCUCUGAGGGUAGGCUCGUCGAGCAAGGACCCUCGGGGGUUUGACCUCAAGAAAUGGUAUCAUUUGGAUUGCUUUCCGACUCGGGAUCAUCCGCUUGCUGCCGCGGAGGAGAUACUGGGGUUUUCUUCUUUGAAGAGUUUUGAUCAGGAUGCAUUAAGGAAGCUAGAGGCUUUUCAGCAAAAAAAAAGGAAGCUAGAGGCUGCGGCAUCAUCCGAACAAACUGUUAAUGAGAUUGGUAAAACAGAUGGGGAUGCAGCCGAAGAGUUUGAGGAAAAGGGUUCAAAGCAACAAAAGCUCUCAAACACAGAUGAAGGUGGGGAUGAAGAGUCCACUGAAAAGAAUUCUUCAGUGGUCCCCCAUAAAGUAGUUGCGGAGUAUGCCAAAUCCAACCGAUCUUCAUGCAAAAACUGCAGGAAGGCAAUAGCUGCAGGUUCUCUGAGGCUGGGCUCUUUAAGAAAAAACCCUCGAGGCUUUGACCUCGUGAAAUGGUAUCACAUAGACUGCUUUCCGACUCAGUCCCACCUGCAUAUUGCUGCGGAGGAGAUAACUGGGUUUUCUUCUUUAAAGAAUUGUGACCAAGAUGCAUUAAGGAAGCUAGAGGCUGCUGCAUCAUCCAGCCAGACUGCCAUGGAGGUUAGUAAAAGAGAUGGCAGUGCAAUUGAAGAGUUAGAGGAAGAGGAUUUGAAGAAACCAGAGUUGCCUGUAGAUGGCAAAAGGGAUGACUUCAAGAUGGCCUUUUCUGCAUCUGAUAUCAAAGAUCAAUACAAGGAUGCCACCCUUUCACCAAAAUGGAAGACCUUCAAGACGCUCAUUUUUCGUGAGCGAGAAGAAGGUCUUCAUGAUUCUGAAAAAAUUGCUGCAUUUGAUUUCGAUGGAUGUCUUGUGAAUACAUCUGUGAAACGAAUUGGUCCAGAUGCUUGGUCUCUGAUGUAUCCAUCGGUUCCUGAGAAGCUGCAAGGACUGUAUAACACUGGCUACAAGCUGGUUAUCUUUACUAAUGAAUCAAACAUUGAGCGCUGGAAGAACAAACGACAACAAGCUGUGGAUUCCAAAAUAGGGAGACUUGACAACUUUAUCAAGCAUGUUAAAGUCCCAAUUCAGGUUUUUAUAGCUUGCGGGCUAGGGACAAGCAAGGAUCGAACUGAAGAUCCCUUUCGCAAACCAAAACCUGGAAUGUGGAGGCUAAUGGAAGAACACUUCAACUCUGGCAUUGCGAUUGACAUGGAUCAAUCCUUCUAUGUCGGUGAUGCAGCUGGGAGGGUCAAUGAUCACAGUGAUGCUGAUAUUAAAUUUGCCCAGGCAGUGGGGUUGAAAUUUCAUGUCCCUGAGGAGUUCUUUGGCACUUAACGCUCAUCAUCCCACACUUAUAGUUCUCGCUUUCAUUUCCAGUUUUGGUCUCCGUGUUCGGAGUAACAUUUUGAGACUCUUGGAAAAAAGUAGUUUAACCUAACUGGAGAUAUUUUUUUGAGCUGAUCAGCUUGCUCAUCUCCAUAGGUUUGUGCUGUUCAUCUGCAUAUCUCAUCUCAGCAAACUUGCUCAUGAUUUGUAAUAUGAUGGUUAAAGUAACGAGGAAGAACUGAAAACUAGAGAUAUGUGAUAACUGUUUCUGUGUUCAGAAAUAUUGUGGAUCCAUAUUACUCCUA